UGAAUGGUAAGUAGAUGUGAAUAUUAUAAAAAGAGAAGUAGAAAGACAUAGAAAAAAAGAAAAGAAAAAACCAAGGGAAAAGGUCACACAAUGAGCGCAAUGAAUGGUAGGCAGGGAAGAAUCGCCAGCAAAGGGACGGAGCGGUCCUAGCAGAGGCAAGACAAGACGAGACGAGACAGCCGCCGGCCGCAGCAGCAGCGCCAGUCAGAAGCGCCUAAGGCGGCGAACGGGGAGUGGAGAGCACGUGACGGCAGGGAAGCAUGGAAGGGGCACGGGCCAGGCAGCCAGGCAGGCAAAGCUUAGCUAAGCAGCCAAUGAGUGGCGCCCAAAUCGGACUGCGGAUCCCAAUUUGGCACUGAAGCAAGAUUGCAGCCAUGAUUGACGGAUUCCAUCACCUUAGC